CUGGCAAAUAUCCUCCAUCGUCAUGAAACAUCACAAGUACAUUCUGGUCACACUCAGCCUAGGAAUAUCGUCCCUUGCUCUUCCUAUAGCACUGGCCGAUCCUUCGCCUUCCAUUAACCCUGAUUCAAGCAUGUACUCUAUUCAAACCUCUCCGCCAACACCCACCAACGUGUGCACAAAAGCAUGUUUACAACCUAACGCAACCCCAAGUUGCCCAUCACAAUGUCCAGGAUCGUGUAUGAUUCAACAAUCCACCGAUCCGUGCUGCCCCAACAGUAUGGAAGCCAUUUGCAACGAUACCAGUGUGGCCGUUUCUUCAUCCACCAAAAGCAACGCCAACCCAUCUCCGCCAGUGACUAGCAACUCCUUGGCGUUGGUCUCGCCCACCACUAGCUCACCUCAAUCAUCGGCUACCGCUCAUAAUAAUGCGGCAUCCACAGACAUGACGUCCAAUCAUGCUUUAUACAUAAGCACAGCGCUGGUCGCUAUUGUUUUUGCUGCUCUUCUUCAUUAAGAUUAGUGUCUUCCCAUGUACCAUAUCUGAUCGGCAACCUGUAUAUCCCCCGUCCCAUACUUUUUUUUCCUUCUCUUUUGCGAGUUGGAUAAAUAUUCUAUAUUCCUUACAUUUUAUUAUGUACACAACACCUUCCUCUGUUCGAUAUUAUUAAAAAAUUUGGCAUGUUUCUAUUUGGAGCAUUCACCUGUAAACGA